AUGAUAACGGAAGUGCAAAGCCAACCACAGAUUCCUGGCUUUGUUACUGAAACACAUGUAGUCAUCGACUAUGAGAGAGAAUUGUUGGGGAAAGGUGGCCGCAAGAAACACUCUAAAACUGACAUGCAGGAAACAGGUGAUCUCAAGAAACACUCUGUUGCUGACAUGCAGGAGACAGGUGAUCUCAAGAAACUAUCUGUUACUGACACGCAGGAGUCAGUAGAUCUCAAGACACACUCUGUUGCCAACGCGCAGGAAACAGGUGAUCUCAAGAAACACUCUGUCCCCGACACGCGUGAAACAGGUGAUCUCAAGAAACACUCUGUUACUGACACGCAUGAAACAGGUGAUCGCAAGCAGCACAAGUAUUGUGGUGUCCCAGCGAAGCAGUCUCAGUGCAGUGAGUGUGGAAAAACAUUUACGAAAUCACGUAACUUGAAAAGGCACAUGCUUUGUCACAGUGAAGUCAAGCCUUAUCAGUGUGUUGAAUGUGGGAAAACAUUUGUACAAUCAGGUGACCUGAAGAAACACAUGAGGAUUCACAGUGGAAUCAAACCUCAUCAAUGCAUUGUGUGUGAGAAAACAUUUACAGAAUCGGGUACUCUGAAGACACACAUGAGGAUUCACAGUGGAAUCAAGCCUUAUAAGUGUAGUGUGUGUGAGAAAACAUUUACAUCAUCAAGUAGUCUGCAGAAACACAUGAGAACUCACAGUGGAGUCAAACCUUAUCAGUGUGUUGAAUGUGAGAAAAGAUUUUCACACUUGGGUAACCUGCAGCGACACACGAGGACUCACAGUGGAAUCAAGCCUUAUCAGUGUGUUGAAUGUGGCAAAGAGUUCACAAAGUCAUGUAACAUGCAGACACACAUGAGGAUUCACAGUGAAGUCAAGCCUUAUCAGUGUGUCGAAUGUGGGAAAACAUUUACACGAUCAUGUGAUCUACAGAAACACAUGAUGAUUCACAGUGGCGUCAAGCCUUAUCAGUGUGUCGAAUGUGGGAAAGGAUUUAGUGUAUCUGGUAUCCUGCGGACACACAUGAGAAUACACAGUGGAAUCAAACCUCAUCAGUGCAUUGUGUGUGAGAAAACAUUUACAGAAUCGGGCACUCUGAAGACACACAUGAGGAUUCACAGUGGGAUCAAGCCCUAUCAGUGUGUUGAAUGUGGGGAAACAUUUACACAAUCACGUAGCCUGAAGUCACACAUGAGUGGUCACAGUGGAAUCAAGCCUUAUCAGUGCAUCGUGUGUGAGAAAACAUUUAAAGACUCAUAUUACUUGAAGUCACACAUGAGGAUUCACAGUGGACUCAAGCCUUAUCAGUGCAUCGUGUGUGAGAAAACAUUUUCUCUCUCACGUAAUCUGAAGACACACAUGAGGAUUCACACUGGAGUCACGCCGUAUCAGUGUGUUGAAUGUGGGAAAGGAUUUGCACAGUCAGGUAGCCUGAAGAGACACAUGAUGAUUCACAUGAACACCAUAACAUCCACAGUAACGGAAAUGCAAAGCCAACCACAGAAUCCUGACUUUGUUACUGAAACACAUGUAGUCAUGGACCAUGAGGGAGAAUUGUUGGGGAAAGGGGACCGCAAGAAACACUCUGAAACUGACACGCAGGAGUCAGUAGAUCUCAAGACACACUCUGUUGCCGACGCGCAGGAAACAGGUGAUCUCAAGAAACUAUCUGUUGCUGACAUGCAGGAAACAGGUCAUCUCAAGAAACUAUCUGUUGCUGACAUGCAGGAAACAGGUCAUCUCAAGAAACUAUCUGUUGCUGACAUGCAGGAAACAGGUCAUCUCAAGAAACUAUCUGUUGCUGACAUGCAGGAAACAGGUCAUCUCAAGAAACUAUCUGUUGCUGACAUGCAGGAAACAGGUCAUCUCAAGAAACUAUCUGUUGCUGACAUGCAGGAAACAGGUCAUCUCAAGAAACUAUCUGUUGCUGACAUGCAGGAAACAGGUCAUCUCAAGAAACACUCUGUUACUGACACGCUUGAAACAGGUGAUCGCAAACAGCACAAGUAUUGUGGUGGCCCAGCGAAGCAGUCUCAGUGCAAACUUUAUUAUUCUUUCAGUGAACACCAUAACAUCCACACAAUGAUAACGGAAGUGCAAAGCCAACCACAGAAUCCUGGCUUUGUUACUGAAACACAUGUUGUCAUGGACUAUGAGAGAGAAUUGUUGGGGAAAGGUGGCCGCAAGAAACGCUCUGUUGCUGACAUGCAGGAAACAGGUGAUCUCAAGAAACACUCUGUUACUGACACGCAGGAGACAGGUGAUCUCAAGAAACACUCUGUUACUGACAUGCUGGAAACAGGUGAUCUCCAGAAAUACUCUGUUACUGACAUGCAUGAAACAGGUGAUCGCAAGCAAUAUAUAUAUUGUGGUGGCCCAGCGAAGCAGUCUCAGUGCAGUGAGUGUGGAAAAACAUUUGCGAAAUCACGUAACUUGAAAAGGCACAUGCUUUGUCACAGUGAAGUCAAGCCUUAUCAGUGUGUUGAAUGUGGGAAAACAUUUGCACAAUCAGGUGACCUGAAGAAACACAUGAGGAUUCACAGUGGAAUCAAACCUCAUCAAUGCAUUGUGUGUCAGAAAACAUUUACAGAAUCGGGUACUCUGAAGACACACAUGAGGAUUCACAGUGGAAUCAAGCCUUAUCAGUGUGGUGAAUGUGGGAAAACAUUUACAGCAUCAAGUAGUCUGCAGAAACACAUGAGGAUUCACAGUGGAGUCAAGCCUUAUCAGUGUGUUGAAUGUGGGAAAGGAUUUACAGACUCGGGUAACCUGCAGCGACACAUGAUGAUCCACAGUGGAAUCAAGCCUUAUCAGUGUGUGGAAUGUGGCAAAAAGUUCACAAAGUCAUGUAACAUGCAGACACACAUGAUGAUUCACAGUGGAGUCAAGCCUUAUCAGUGUGUCGAAUGUGGGAAAACAUUUACACGAUCAUGUGAUCUACAGAAACACAUGAUGAUUCACAGUGGCGUCAAGCCUUAUCAGUGUGCCGAAUGUGGGAACACGUUUAAACGAUCGGAUGAUCUGCAGACACACAUGAGGAUUCACAGUGGAAUCAAGCCACACCAGUGCAGUGAAUGUGGAAAAACAUUUACACGACCAUGUGACCUGAAGUCACACAUGAGGACUCACAGUGGAAUCAAGCCCUAUCAGUGUGUUGAAUGUGGGAAAACCUACACACGAUCAUGUCAUCUGCGGACACACAUGAGAAUACACAGUGGAAUCAAACCUUAUCAGUGCAUUGUGUGUGAGAAAACAUUUACAGUAUCAGGUACUCUGCAGAGACACAUGAGGAUUCACAGUGGAAUCAAGCCUUAUCAGUGUGGUGAAUGUGGGAAAGCAUUUACACAAUCACGUAGCCUGAAGUCUCACAUGAGUAGUCACAGUGGAAUCAAGCCUUAUCAGUGCAUUGUGUGUGAGAAAACAUUUACAGAGUCAUGUAUCCUGAACACACACAUGAGGAUUCACAGUGGACUCAAGCCUUAUCAGUGCAUUGUGUGUGAGAAAACAUUUGCUCUCUCGGGAAAUCUGAAGAAACACAUGAGGAUUCACAGUGGAGUCACGCCAUAUCAGUGUGUUGAAUGUGGGAAAGGAUUUGCACAGUCAGGUAGCCUGAAGUCACACAUGAGGAUUCACAGUUAAAUCCGUUAAUUUCAUUAGUGAAUAUUCCAUCUGAUCUGCAUAACUACAGAUGCCGCAGGCUCCAGAUUAGACUCCCUCCAUAUGUAUACGUUUUAUUAUUAUUUAAAAAAAUAUCUUCAAGGAGAUGAGACAAGUGUAUGCUAACCCCCCAUUUUUCAACAUGUUAAUUAUUAUUACUCAAAAUCGUUGAUUAUGACCACAUGAGAAAAGGUUGUGAAAGUAAAAAAAUUAUUUCAAUGUAUCAGUAUAUUUAUGUAAAAUAUGGGCCAUUUUCGGCAAUCAUUUGGGGCCGUUGCCCUUCACUAAUAGGACGACGAUGUCAGUUGCAGAAACAAUUCACUAAAGUUGGACCAGACUUUCCGAUACUCCGUUUCGGUGAUUUUAUUUUCAUACUGACCUUUACUUAUUUCAUUGUCAAUUCAAAAGAUUCAUGCUUUACAUUUGCCCGAUUUUUGUGAGAGAGGAAAUAUGCAAACUAUAUGCAGGUUACACUCUGAAGUGAAGGCUUCUAUACACUGCAAUGGAGAAAUGUGCAUAAUAAAUAAGAUCCAUUUCUGGGUUUUGAUUC